AUGGAAGCAAGUGCUAGUCCGUCCCCCGAGGUGGAGCAUUUGGACAGCCCCCCGCACGAGGAGGAUGAACAAGAUGAGCUGGAGGACCCAGAGUUCAACUUCGAGUCUCCUCCCCCCGAAGCUGAGAGCCAGGCGGCCUCGGGGGGCCGCAGCCCAGAGAAACAGCCGAAGGCCGGUGCUGCCGUGCAGGACAGGACGCAGGCUUCCCGCCUGCGCCGGGAGCUGAGCCGCCUGGAGAAGCUGCACAAGGACAAAGAUCUCUUCAUUCAGAAAACCAGAGGGGAGCUGCGCGCUUGCUGCCAGAGGAUGGACCUCAUCGUCAAGCAGCAGGAGAGCGUGGCGGCCGAGGUGGCUGCCGAGAGCGAGGCCCACCACACGGCUGCUGUGGGCCGCCUCCGGGCCGCGGCCAGACACCUGUGCACCGAGCUGGAGAGCGAGAGGGAGCUGGAGGCAAGGCUCAGGGCCGAGCUGCGGGCCAACGAGGACGCCCUGAGGCACAUCACCAUCCAGGAGGGCCGGCUGGAGGGCCUGCAGAAGUCUGCCCUGAAGGAGCUGGAGGCCGCCGGGAGGUCUCUGCAGGUGCAGGCGGCCCGGCAGCUGCAGAAGGAGAUGGAGGCCCGGAGGCAGAUGGAGAAGAACCAGCUGCUGAGGGUCCGGAAGUCCACACACCUCCAGAAGGAGCAUGGGCUCCGGCACCAGAAGCUGGUGGAAGACGCCAGGAAGAACCACAGGAUGGCGGUGAAGUUCCUGAAGGCCUCCCUGGGAAGGGUGCGGGAGCGGGAGCAGCAGGAGGAGUUGGAGACCCAGGAGCACCUGAGGAGACGCAUGGACGCUGUGCUGGCCCUGAAAAGCAGCAUCACCACCAACCGGGAAACGCUCCGGAAACUCCACGCAUGGAGCCAGGCCAAGGCAGAGCUGGCUGAGCAGAAGUCCCAGGCUGAGAAGCAGGCGAUUCUGGCCCAAGGUGGGGACGCUUUCAAGCACCUUUUCCAUCAGCGCCGGUGCCAGGAGCUGGAAGCCCAGAAACGUGCCUUUGAGGAAGAGCAGAAGCUCAGGAAGCUGGAGAUUGUGAGUCGCAUUUUGAAGGAGGAGACUGAGGAGAGCAGGCGGCGGAGGCUGCCUUCUCCAGCCAAAGCCCUGGCCAGGCCAACCCUGAGGGACAAGACCUGGGGCUACCUGAGUCAUCUGGCCACCCUCAGCGAAGGGAAGACCCCUGCAGCUCCCUUCUGCCCUGUGGAGAUCGACAGCUUCUCCCACCCCGAGCUCCCUGGGCUGAUGAAAGCCGUCUCCAGCGAUUCCGUCCACGGGAGCCCUGACAGUGUCAGCUGGGAAGACGAGACACUGGCCGAGCCAGAAAUCUCCGGGCUCUGGACCGAGGCCUACAAGUCGCACCAGGUGCCCAGGGAGGGUGUGGACCGGAAGCCUGAGAAGCGGACGAAGAUGGACGAGUACAUCCUGGCCCGCACCAUGCAGCGGCUGCGCAGCGGGGCGCCUCCCAGGCAGGUGGUGUCCCGGCGCGAGUUCAAAGGCUGCCCCUUCAACAGCAAGCCCAAGGUCAUCCACUUCAAGGACUUCGACAUUGGCAAAGUGUACAAGAAGAAGAUGACGUUGAUAAAUGCCACCUACACAAUCAACUACUGCAAGCUGGAGGGUGUGGACGAGCACCUCAAAGACUUCGUCCACAUUGACUUCGACCCCCCUGGCUCCAUGUCAGCCGGUAUGUCCUGCGAAGUGCUGGUCACCUUCAAGCCCCUGAUCAAUAAAGACCUGGAAGGCAAGGUCUCGUUUCUGGCUCAGACCGGCAGGUUCUCGGUCCCGCUGAAGUGCUCCACAAAGCAGUGCUCCCUGUCCCUGGACAAGGAUCUCAUCGACUUCGGCAGCUACGUGGUGGGUGAGACCGCGUCCCGGGUCAUCACGCUGACCAACACGGGGGGCCUGGGCACCGAGUUCACGUUUCUCCCCGAGUCUGAGGGCCACGAGACGGACUUCUCCACGUCGGUCAUGAGAGUGAGCAGCGUCUUCACGUCGGAAGACAAAGGCAUUUACGAUAAAGGCCUCCCCAGCAUCUCCGAGCAGCAGCUGGAAGGCAUCGAGUCCUCCCAGGCGGACCUGCACAGCCAGAAGGAGCAGGAGGAGCACACGGGGGAAUCAGAGGGAGUCACCACCAUCCUGGCCACAUUCCCCAGUGAGGAGCUAUCGGAGUUCUCGCUGGGAGAGAUAAGAGAGGGUGAGAUUGGCCCCUUCAGCUCCAUCAAAGUGCCCAUCAUCUUCUCCCCAGUCACCCCGGGAGCCGUCCAGACCAGGUUCAAGGUCACAUUCAGGAAUCCACAGUGCCCAACAUUACAUUUCAGAGUCAUGGGCGUUGCCGUGGACGUGCCGGUCUGGCUGCCGAGGCCCAGCGUGGACCUGAAGAUAUGCAUGUACGACCGGCUGUACCAGGACUCCAUCCUCGUCCACACGCGGUCCAAAGCAGCCCUGCGCCUGAAGUUCGAGGUGUGCAGGGAGCUCAGGGGCCACAUGGAGCUCCUGCCGGAGACCGGCUACAUCCAGGCCCUGUCGACCUGCUCUGUGCAGCUCAAGUUCCUGCCGCGAUUCUCCCUCCCGGACGACGCAAGCAAGUAUUUUGACUCAGAAAGCAGAGUUCUGGAGGCCCCGAUGACAAUACGGGUGGCUGACCAGACCAGACCGGUGGAGUUCACCGUCCAUGCCAUAGUCACCACCUCAGACUUGGAACUCAACCCCUCAGAGGUGGACUUCGGCUACUGCACCAUCUACGAGGCUAUCAGGACCCCAGUCAGCCUCUCCAACCUCUCCCUCCUGCCCCAGGAGUUUGGGUUCGUCGGGCUCCCCAAGUUUGUGGACAUCCAGCCCAACGAUGGGUUUGGGACGAUCCUGCCACUGGAGACCCUGGAACUCGACCUGAUCUUUCAGCCCACCAAAGCCAAGGAAUACACCUUCGAGCUCGUCUGCAAGUCGGAGAUCAACCGGUGCUUCAAGAUGACCUGCCGGGCUGUGGGUGUCCACCCGCCCCUGGAGCUGUCCCACUACCAGAUCAAGUUUGCGGCCACUUCCCUGUACGACACGUCUGUGGCCACCCUGUACGUCGUCAACUCUCACCUGAGCACGAACUCGAUGACACACUCCGUGCCCCGCAUCGGUUCAGGGGAAAUCUGCCCCGUGGGGCCCACGUCUUUCGAGUUCCUGCUGCCCCCAGACUCGCCCAUCACCAUCUCGCCCUCGGUGGGGACAGUGCUGCCAGGAAAGCGAUGCCUGGUCCAGGUGGCCUUCCAGCCCUCACUGCCCGCCGAGCAGAUCCGCCAGCAAGCCCUCCAGGCCCUGACUAAAGACAAAGUCGAGGAGACCAAGCCGCCCCGCAGGGAGGCACCUGCCUUCAGGCGGGAACCACGGAGACUGUCACUGUCGGUACUGCGGGUGCAGACCAGAGACAGAAUGUUCCGGUCCUCCACCUCCCACACCCCAAGGCUGCAGAAGCCGGAUGUCACGAUCAGUUUGGACGAAUACCAGGUUGCCCGGGCCACCCUGAUCAAAUCUUUCCAGGGGAAGUUUGACAAGUUUGUGAUCCCCUGUGUCGUCGCCAGUGGUGACAUCCAAGACAGGAGGGGGACAGAGCCCCUGAGCUUCAGUCCCCACAACACUCUGUACCUGGAGCUGUGGUGUCCAUCGGUAGCACCGUCCAUCAUAGUGACAUCUGACAGAGGCAAGACCACCUCCAACUUCGGUGAUGUGGCUGUAGGACACAGAGGCAUAAAGAAGGUCUCCAUCCAGAACAUCUCCUCCGAGGAUCUGUCUCUGGACUUCUCUGUGUUGAACCCCAAUGGCCCCUUUGUCCUAAUGAACCCCAUCAGCAAGUUGUCUGCGGGUGAGGCCCAGACCCUGGUGCUGUCCUUCUCUCCCUGUGAGAGCGUCCUGGCCCAGGAGACACUGGACAUCAUCACCAAGAGAGGCACACUGUCCCUGACCCUCGUGGGCACCGGUGUGGCGUCCAUGAUCACAUGCUCCAUCGAAGGGGACGUCCUCAACAUGGGCUACGUGAUCGCCAGAGAGUCCGUGUCCUCCAGCUUCAGGCUGCAGAACAAGUCCUCGCUGCCCAUCAAGUUCUCCCUGCGGCUGGACAGCCUCUCCAGCACCCGGCACCGGGACCAGCAGGAGCUGCCGCAGUUCCUCCGCUCGGGGACCCAGAGGACAGAAGUCGUGGGCACACAGAACUACAACGGCCAGAGCGUGUUCAGUGUGGUCCCAGUGGAGGGCGUCAUGGACCCCGGCGCGGCGCAGGACUUCACCGUGACCUUCAGCCCGGACCACGAGAGCCUGUACUACUCCGACCUGCUGCAGGUCCUCCUCUUCGAGAAGAAAGUCUCCCAGCAGAUCCUCCUGAAGGGCGCGGCCCGGGAGCACAUGAUGUUCGUGGAGGGUGGAGACCCCCUGGAUGUGCCUGUGGAGUCUCUGACAGCGAUCCUUGCCUGGGACCUGGAGCGCAGAGAGGACCCUCCAUCGCCAGAAGCUGAGGAGCUGAAGCCCAUUCUGGUGACCCUAGACUACAUUCAGCUGGACACUGACACCCAGGCCCCACCUGCCACCCGCGAGCUGCAGGUGGGCUGCAUCCGGAGCACCCAGCUGUCCCCAAAGAAGCCUGCCGAGUUCAGCCUGGACAGCAUCGCGUCCUUGCAGCACAAGGGCUUCACCAUAGAGCCCUCCAAGGGCCUUGUGGACCGUGGCCAGACCAAGACCAUCAGCAUCUCAUGGAUGCCGCCCGCUGACUUUGAUGUAGCCGGACCAGCCACUCAUGGCGUCUGCCCUGCUGCAGCUCAAGGGGGAUGUGAAGGAGACCUACAAGGUUUUCUUUGUAGCCCAGGUGCUGACCAGCCCCUGAAGUCACAGGAGUCUCUGCAGAGCACCCUAGACCAUCCUGUCCACCCUCGAAGCCCUCCAGUCUGUGGGCCAGACCACACCUCCCGUGGGCCUGGGACCGGGGCAUCCCCUGCUGGGCAGGUUCGAUGGGGCAGUCCUCUACUUGACCACAUGGUCGGGCACCCAGCCGCACAGCACGGCUGCUUCCUGCAGCCCUGCACCCCACACUCAGAACCAGCAGUUGAGCCGGUCCUGCCCAAGCCUGCCCCUGCCCAAGCCCCUCAGCCCCCAGCCACAGCAGCACCUGCGCAGUGGGAGGAAGACCUGUCAAUAAACCAUGCUCCCCACAUGCAAGCGUGUCGUGUGGGCGACAGCGAGUCACUCAAGUAA